CAGAAAUGUUUAGAAAUUCUGCGAAAGGAAUUCCAUGAAUUGAGAGCUGUUACUGGUGAUCAGUUAAUGUAUGUGAAAGAAGAUCUAAUUAUACCUCAUCACUACACAUUUUAUGAUUUUAUUGUGACAAAAGCAAGAGGUAAAAGUGGACCCCUAUUUAGUUUUGAUGUUCAUGAUGACAUUCGUUUGGUGGGAGAUGCCACUGUUGAGAAGGAUGAGUCUCAUGCUGGAAAAGUUCUUUUACGAAGUUGGUAUGAACGCAAUAAGCAUAUAUUUCCUGCUUCUAGAUGGGAACCUUAUGAUCCCACAAGAAAUUAUGAAAAAUAUACCAUAUCUGAUCGCAAAAAGAUAUGAGAAAAAGUAUAUUUAAUAUACUUCAUACAGGUAUUUGUAAAUAAUUUUGUUCAUAUGUUCAAAUUGUGUUUUAAAAUUACUUUAUUAUAAUUUAAAACUUAGCUUAAUGCAUACAUUAUAUAAAAUACAUAUUAUUAUGUAUAUAAGUAAAUGCUUCUCAUCAAUAUUGAAGAAUCGUUAUAUUAAUUUUGAAGUAGUCCACUCUUUUAAU